AUGGUCAGGAGCCGUGUCCUUGGCAUUCGCAGGACCAGGACGAGGAUGACAUUUAUCGUCCAGGCAGGAGAGGGGAGGUCCUGCUGCUCUAGUAUAAAGCUCCAGAAGGACCUCAAGUCGUCACUCCUGAGUCCCACAUCAGACAUCAUGGCUUCCUCUCUAUACAAGCUCCUGGUCGUGCUGGCGGUCGUUGCCGCCGUCCUUUGCGAGGAGGCUAAGGACCAAAAGUCCGAGAGACCCAAGAAGGACACUGAGAAGUCUACUCUCGCUACAGCCGAGACUGGAUACGCUGGCUACCCUUACGGAGGAGGCUACGGUUCCUAUGGAGCUGGAUACCCUGGAUACACAGGAUACUCUGGAUACGGUAACACUGCCUACGCUGGAUACCCAGGCUACACCGGAUACUCUGGAUACUCUGGAUACAAGGGAGCCUACCCCUCUGCUGGAUACACUGGAGCAGGAUACACCGGGGCUUACCCUUACACCGCCGGAUACACCGGAUACAACAGUGGAUACACCGGAUACAACAGUGCCUACCCUUACACUGCUGGAUACACCGGAUCUAAGGCAGCCUACCCCUACUCCGCAGGAUACACCGGAUACACCGGAUCCUACCCAUACACUGCUGGAUACACUGGAUCUUACCCCUACACCGCAGGAUACUCCGGCUACUCUGCUGGUGCCUACCCCUACAACACCGCCUACGCUGGAUACAAGGGUGCCGGAUACACUGGAUACCCAUACAACUCUGGAUACACUGGAUACUCUGGCUACACCGGAUACAAGGGUGCUGCUGCCUACGGUGCUUACGACGAUGGAAAGUACUACCCUGGAAAAUACGAGGGUACCUACUAAACCCUUCUCUGACGUUCCUACAACCUGUCACCAACCUGACUGCCAAUUGAUAAACUAUGAUCGGACUCAACCUUAAAUUCGUAAAUAUUUUGUACCAAACCAAUAAAAAUAUCAGUAUUAAAUAAA